AUGCAUUCCCACCUUCACACCCCCUACAACGUCAACUGUGAAGAGAUCAUGACUGCUCUCGACGAAUGCCACGCCAAAGGGUUCAUGCACAAGGUCAUCGGAAGCUGCAACGAUAUCAAGCGCGAUGUGAACAAAUGUCUCUCGGCGGAGCGGUACGACCGCGCAAAGCGAAACCGGGACGAAGCGCGCAGCAACCGGAGGCGUGUUGAGGAACUCUGGGCUAAGGAGCGCGAGCUUGAUCAAGGGCCUUCAAAGGCUGCUGCAAAUCCUGCCGCUGCAAGCACAGGUGCUGCGAAGCAAUAG